AAUGUCACCAGUUUAAUAAUUUUGAUAAAAGUACCUAAAGCAUCAAAAACAAGAGUAAAUAGGUACACACUAAAGUAAUCAAUGGGUAAGUUUCUUUUUUUGUGGUGGCAACGGCAAUUAUCCUAAUGACGUUGAUUUUUAAUAUUUUGACAAAGACAAAUUGAGGUUAUAUUAAAUUUUUGUUUUGGGAAUUAUAGCAUAGUGUAAAUAAUGAACGAAAAUAAUGUUAAUAAGAAGAAAAAACCUACUAAAAUCGAGGAAAUGACCAAAGAGCAAAUACGCGAGGCAAUAAUAAAAAAACGAGAAUGUAAUGCUAGAGCUCAACAAAUUGUUGAAAGUUUACUCGAAAAAGAUAUCACACCAACUUAUUUCUUGCAAUGUUUACCAGAAAUAAACCAAUGUCAUUUCGAGGAUGUGGUAGAAGAGAGGUGCAUCACACAGCUUUGUGGAUAUCCUUUAUGUAAUAGGCCUUUACUUGAAAAGGAGAUUCCUAAACAGAAGUAUAAAAUAUCAAUAAAAACAAACAAAGUGUACGAUAUAACAGCCCGGAAAAGUUUUUGCAGCAACAGCUGUUUUAAAUCUGCAAUGCAUGUAAAGAAACAGAUGCUGACAAGUCCUUUGUGGUUUAGAGAAUAUGAAGAAAUGCCAAAAUUUCACCUUUUGCCUCUAGACACUGUAGGCAGUUUGGGCCUGGAAGUAGACCUUGGACAAGUCGAACGUGUAAAAGUGGAACCAGAGAGACAAACAUUUAUAUCAAUAAAUGAUUUCACUAAUGCCAGCCUGAAUGAAAUGGAUAACGAUGACGAACAAACUAAUUCUGACUUCCCCAUUAAGGACGGUGAACUAAGCCGCACAGACGCUUAUGCAAGUGAUAAUAAACUAAAAGUAAUUAGUAGUAAUGAUAGUGGCAAUAAAGUUAUUAUUGAAAAUAAAACCCUGGAUAAAAACAUGGAACAAAACAAAGAUGUAAUUAUCUCUGGCCAAAAACUUGAUGUAGCCGCAAAACCGAAACCACAAAAAGUAAAUCCUUUAAGUAUAGUUGGUGAAAUUGUUGAAAAGGCUGAAAAAAAAGUGGAUCCUAUAAUAGUAAAUCCACCAAGUGAAAUUAAAAAUACAUCAAUUAAAAAGCAACAACAAAGAAAGCAACCUUCAGUAACUAACCUAACAAUUGAUGUGGAAAAAUGUUUAUCUGAAUGGCUUACUGUGGACAGCAUGAUCUUUUUAUUUGGUGAGGAGAGAGUAAGAGAAAUGGUGGCAGACAAAGGAGAAUGUAUCAAAGAAUAUUUAAAUAAUUAUGCACAGAGUAUAUUCUACAAUUCAAACACCUAUGACCAAUAUCAAGCUUUAUGUCGAAAACUAAACAUGUUAGAGCUUGAAGACAGAAAAUAUGAUGCUCAAACACUACAACGAGAGACAAAACCUUUGCCUGAUUAUUCAAUAUUACAAGAAGAAAGUAAAAAAAUGCAGUUGAAAGUUAAAGCAUAUUUCUCCGGAGAAUUUGAGGUUCCUGUAUCCACUGAAAGCAUUCCAGAAAUUUCUCAAAUAAAUCCAACAGAUAAAGAGAGUGCAAUAACACAACUACCACUAGUUGAUAGGAAUGCACAGAAUGCAUUACGAAGAAAAAUCGUAUGUCAACAUAUUAACAAAGUACUUCCAGAUAUACUUCGUUCUCUAAACUUGUCAGCGCUGACCAUUAGUUCAGAUAUACGCUUACUUGUAAAUACAUUCAAGUUAAAAGCAAAUAACAUCACAUUCAAGCCUAUCCAGUGGAAUCUCAUUGCUAUAAUCUUUAUAAAGUUGCUAUCUCUUAAAGACCGUAGACUUAAUUACUUACUAGAGCAGCCAACUGCGUUUCAACAUAUGCAGUUAUUGUUACUUAGUUAUAAACAAGAUGGUGGUUAUUUGGACCGUUUGAUAUCAUGGUUAACAGAUGUUGAUAGACUUUUAGAUGUAAAUGACACACAACUUACUAUAGAAUAAAUUAAGUGUCAUCAUUACAAACAUGGUUUAUUUGAUAAAAAAUUAAAUACAUUAAAUUAUGAACUCAUACAUUA